UUUUAAUUAUAGGAAGAUCGCAUAUAAGACGGAAAAGAAAAUAAAUGGCUUGCUGUUAUAAAUGGUAUGGUUCCGUGAAGGUAACCCAUUGCGAUAGAAACCUAAUGGGUACUAAGUAAAUCAGCUGUCCGGCAAUAAAAACCUAUCGAUAUCAACUUAUUUUGACGAUCAUGUCCAAGCAGGUGUUGGCUAAAAUCCGGCCAUCCUCGAGCCUUAUCCUGCUAGCCAAGGACGAGGCGCCGAAACAAAAACUCUUUGAUUACAAUGCUUUGUUGCUGACGCGUACUCAAAAGUCCAGCUUUAUGCCGGAGUCGUCAGUUUUUCCAGGAGGAGUUUGCGAUGUCACGGACAGUUCACCAGCCUGGUUGGAGCUCUUUCAUCGUAGCAACAUUAACUCUGCCAAGUUACGUGAUUUGAGCCACGUGAAUGGUCCACGGCCAGAUAUUUUCCAGCCAAAGGAGACCGAUAAAGAAAUAGACCCGAAUCUGUCUCUUCGGUUGACGGCUAUUCGGGAAACCUUCGAAGAGCUUGGCAUUUUAUUGUGCCGGGACAAAAAGUCAUUAUCUUCCACCAGCGGAUACGGAAAAUUCUACGAUCAAUUUGAUCGCGCCCGUUGGCAACAUGUGGUCCACAAUGACGCCAGCCAGUUCCUGGAAUUGUGCAACCAUCUUGAUGUUGUUCCGGAUGUCUGGUCACUUUUCGAGUGGUCCGUCUGGCGAACGCCCUCAACAUUUAAAAAACGUUUUGAGACGGCCUUCUUUUUAACGGCUUUGGAGGAGCAGCCUGAGGUUCAAAUCGAACCCAAUGAAGUGAAAGAUUGUGCGUGGCGAUCCCCAUUGGAUUACCUUAAAGCAUGCCUAAGGAAAGAGCUGUGGCUACCACCACCCCAGUUCUAUGAGCUCAGUCGUUUUCUGAACUUUAGCUCUCUGGAAGGACUUCGAACGUUCGCUGAGGAGCGAUCUGCCAAAGGCACGGAUCUGAUCCACCCAGUUAUGUUCAAAUGCACAGAUGGCACUGUGCAUCUCUUACCUGGGGACGCUUUAUAUCCCACUGAUGCGGAUGUUACCUCAGACAAAAUCGAGACUGGUUUGUCAGUCGAGGAUUUCCGGUUGCUGGCCAAGGGAAAAUUGCACAGAUCAGAGCAUUGGAACCAGUAUCAGUCGAAGCUGUUAAUUAAUUUUGAGCGGGGCGAUGGUCAGGUUCACCCCUUAGACCCAAGUAAACUGUAAUGGAUAACCAUAUUUGUUUACAAAUUUUCAUUAAAUGUUAUUACUGUUUUGUAAA